AUCACGUUGGCUGUAAUCGCGUUCGGUGAUUGGUCAAGAGAGGGCGGUGGCGGGGCGUUAUGUUGUCACUUCCGGCGGUAGCGAAGCCGGUGGUUUUCUCGGGUGGUCGCUCGCGCGGGAUAGAAGGGAACGGAUCUGGCUAGGGAUACCGGCUUCCCCGCCCCGCCAUGGCCUCCCUGCUCAAGGUGGACCCGGAAGUUAAGAUCAAGGUAGAUUCUUUCAGGGAGCGGAUCACAGGUGAAGCUGAGGAUCUAGUGGCAAAUUUUUUUCCAAAGAAGCUUUUAGAACUUGAUGGGUUCCUUAAGGAUCCCAUUCUGAACAUUCAUGAUCUCACACAAAUCCACUCAGAUAUGAACCUUCCAGUUCCGGACCCAAUUCUGCUCACAAACAGUCAUGAUGGACUGGAUGGGCCCAAUAUGAAAAAGCGAAAAUUGGAAGACUGUGAAGAGACCUUCCAAGGUACCAAAGUCUUCGUCAUGCCUAAUGGGAUGCUGAAGAGCAAUCAGCAGCUGGUGGACAUCAUUGAGAAAGUAAAACCAGAAAUUCGGCUGCUGAUUGAGAAAUGCAAUACAGUCAAAAUGUGGGUGCAACUGCUGAUUCCCAGGAUAGAGGAUGGAAACAACUUUGGUGUUUCUAUUCAGGAAGAGACUGUAGCUGAGCUCCGAACUGUGGAGAGUGAGGCAGCUUCAUACUUGGACCAGAUCUCUAGAUAUUACAUCACACGAGCAAAACUGGUUUCUAAAAUAGCAAAAUAUCCUCAUGUGGAGGAUUACCGCCGCACAGUGACUGAAAUGGAUGAAAAGGAAUACAUCAGUCUCCGGCUCAUCAUUUCGGAGCUCAGAAAUCAAUAUGUGACUCUGCAUGACAUGAUUCUAAAGAAUAUUGAGAAGAUCAAGCGACCCCGGAGCAGCAAUGCAGAGACCCUCUACUGAUGUGGCUAUACUCUGAACUUAUGAACUCUUCAGUAGGCUCAAGACAGUCUUUGCCUCAGUUUAUGUGACUAUCAAGAUGGGGAAGCUGGCUGGAAACAGUCCUCGCCAUACUUUUAGUUAAACGUCUAAAGAAACUCUCUCCUAGUCCUUUUCUGGUUGGUUUUUUGUUGGGUCUUUGAUUUUUCCCCCUUUCCCUACCACAUCUUUGAGAUACAAAAGGGAUAGAGCAGAGCAUCUCCUCCUCUAUUGGUAGGAAUAGGAGAUUCGCCAAGCUGUUCCAGGCAAGAAUCCCAGGCCCUGAACGGUCCUGGUCUGUAGCAUCCCUGAGAAAGUCCCUUCUAGGUAGAUUGUCCCUGCCGAGAGCACUGCCAGGUUCUACUCAGAGCUGAUUUGUCUGGUCAUGAGCUUCACUCCAGUCUUCCCACUGAAAUGCAGUUUAGGGAAAAGAGUACCCUUUUCAUCUCAACGUGGUUUGCCCCUAUCUAACCUUGUGACCUGUCCAAUCAUGCAAGUUUUAAUGCCAUUGUAAGUUUCUCCUUUCUGCCCGUACUUCUUCCAUUAGGUUUAUUUAUCGCUUACACUGAAUCCACAUAUAUCUCUUCCAGACGUUUGUGAGGAAGUAACUCUCCUCUUGCCUAACAAGGACCUCUAGUGCAGCAUUUGAGUGCAGUGGGCAUUCUCACGCUUUUUUCUUGGGGCAAGGCAAACCUGUUUAGACAGUUGGGUUGGCAAAAUUGGUCUGCCUAAUUUCAGCAUGAAUGAUCAAGCACUGAAGACCUGAAGUAUCUUUCAUCUUAGUCCGUUUUCUUUCCCGCCCUAAUUAAAUGAGCCUAGCACUUGUUUCUGAAGACCCUGCCUGGCCUUCAGGAGACCCCAAAGUGUAACUAGGUCUCAUCCUCCUAGGUCUGAGUGAGUCCUGUUGGCUUCUUCAGGUUUGCUCUCUUCUGGUUUUCAAGGAAACCGAAAGGGGGCGCCAACUAUAUCGGAUGCUGUAGUUUCCUUUCAGAUUUACUUUUAAUCUUUAAAUCCAUCUUGUGCUGUAGUCUUGUGAGUGGUGUUAGGUUUGUUAAAAGAAAAACAGCAACAACCGUGGCAGGAUGAAUGAAGUUUGGCCCCUUUCCCUGCUUGUUUUAAAAAGGCCUUUUCUCUGCCAUCUCCUAAGGGCACAGGAGGGUCAUUGCCCUGAGCUCAUUGCAAAUGCCUCUGCCUCACUGUCAUUUGUAGCUGGGCAAGCCUUACCCUUUCCCAGAGUAAAAAUUCACGUGACAACUGCCCUCACUAGCUGCUCCUGAGAGCAGCCUUCCCCGCCUCUUUGUUUCUUUGUAUCAGCUGCUUUGUUGGAUUGUUUAUAUUUCCUUGCUACAUUGAACGUAUGUACAACUUUUACUAUGUCAACAAAUUAAAAAUAACAGGAACUUUGAAUCUAUCUUAAACAAUCCUCAUGGGUACCAGUGCAUUGGUAACCAAGAUUUCUGUCUACUUGGUUAGUCUCGAUGCCUGGCCUUACAUACGUUUGACUUUUGCCCUUUGCCAUUCUUAUCUCAACCCUGGUAGUGAGAAGGAGCUGUAAUACUGAGUCUGUUCAUUCCCAGGUUUCUCCUUUGACAUUUUAGAAAGCUGACCAGAGUUGUGGGGUAAAAUGAAAAAUCUCUGGAAUAUUCUGAGCUUUGUCAGUGAUGGUGAAGGGGCAUGAAAUAACCCCUUCUCAGAUCUUGCUCCUGAAGUUAACAUUUUGCCCCAUAUCUUUGUCAUGGUUACUUUUUCUGGCUCCUGGAUACAGCCUGAAAGCAUCCUCAUGCUUCUGUUUAUUGUAGUAUACUUAGGUAAUCCAGUUGGCUUCCAAACUGAAUGAAUAUUGAUCAGUUCAGAAUGGGCUUAAGUAGAUUGCUUGCAAUUCCUGGUCUCAUUUCAUGCAGCCUGAGAUUGAUUGUAGAAGCCCUUUACAAUCAAUCAGUUCAUUUCUCUGGCAAAAUCAAUGAGUCCUUGGUCUGGCUGUCUGCUUUGUAAGGGGGAAAAGAGAGAGAGAGAGAGAGAGAGAGAGAGAGGACGUCAGAAAGAGGAGAGAGGGAGGAGAAAAAGAUUCCAGAAAGAAUGGGAAGUGGCUCAACAUAUUUUGCUCUGGCUAAAUGGACCAGUUGUUUCAGCCCUGUUCACCUCGGCAUGUGAUGCAGCCCUUGACUGAUUACUCUUGGAGGAAUGUGGCCCUCCACAGAAAAAAAGGAAAAAAGAAAAUGGUUGCCUACCUCUGUGUUACAAUGGUCAAGAAACCACAAGAAACAGGGAAUUUCGUCGUAAGGGGAGAGGAGCAAAGCCUCAGAUAUGGAUAUUGCAGUCUAUAUGUGUGAAUUGAUAGUGCUGGUUAGUAAUGAAUAGUGCCAGAGUGUGUUUUCUUAAAUAAAACAUGUAUCUCUCUA